AAAAGAGAUAAACAUAUUUUAGUGAAGAAUUAAUGGUUCGAAUAACGCAAAGUAGUUAGGUACGUGACAGCAGCGGCCAUUUACUCUGUGCUACGAACUUCUAAAUUCUAAUCCAUACGCAUUCAUUUUCGAGUCGAGUUGAUCGUAGUUAACAGCUGAAAGCCUUUUUAUUAACUCUCGAAAAAUAAAUUUAAAUUUGCAUCCUUUACCUUGGCGUCAUUGCUGCUGACGUUUCGCUGUUGUUCGUGAAGCAUGAUAACGAGGUUUUAAAACAUGAUUGGCCUUGCUUUGUUACUAUUGGGUUGGCUAGAGCUGAGCCCAGUACCACUUAUUGCUCAAAUAAUUGGAACUACUGAGCCAGCGUUAAAGCUUCUUAUAUCAAUCUUAUUGGGUUACCCUUUAGGAAUUAUAUACAAUGCCAAGAUAAAAGAACAUAAAUCACUGAGGCAUAUUUACUUUGCAUUGAUGGGGAUUGAUCUUGCCAUUUACAAUUUCGGAUGGUCAUUUAUCCAUAAUGCUAUACCUGCACUUGUAAUAUAUCUUACUACAUUCAUCUUUGGCCCAGGGAAAUGGAAUGCAAUUAUAACAUUUGUAUUUAACAUGACAUAUCUAUUAGUUGGAUAUGUUAUGACAGAGUCUGAGGAUUAUGAUAUAACAUGGACAAUGCCCCAUUGUGUCCUGACCCUAAAAUUGAUUGCACUUUCUUUUGAUGUUUGGGAUGGCCAAAAAUUAAAACAAGGAAAGGAAUUAUCAAGUAACAAUAAAAAAACUGCUUUGGAAAGGGUACCAACACUUUUAGAGCUUUUUGGAUUUGUUUAUUUUCCUGCUUGUUUCCUUGUUGGGCCUAUAUUUUCAUUCAAAAGAUACCUUGAUUUUGUUUCUGACAAAUAUCCUCUUGAAAGUGAGUCUAAAAGUCUCAAAAAACAUGCAGUACAAAGGCUUGUCCAAGGAUUUGCUUAUUUAAUAGCUUUUCAAGUAGGAGUGUCGGUUUUCAAUAUUAAAUACAUGAUGUCUGAUGAGUUCUGGGAAACGUCUAUUCUUUACCGACAUUUUUACUGUGGCUUGUGGGCUCAUUUUGCUCUGUACAAGUAUAUUUCCUGCUGGCUACUUACAGAAGCCUCAUGCAUUCGUUUUGGAUUGUCAUACAAUGGAAUUGAGGAUACAAAAGAUGGUCCGGUUGCCAAGUGGGAUGGUUGUAAUAACAUCAAGUUGAUGCUUUUCGAAGGAGCGACAAAAUUCCAACAUUAUAUAGACAGUUUCAACUGUAAUACAAACUUCUUUGCAGCCGAAUAUAUCUACAAAAGGCUUAAGUUUUUGAACAACCGACACUUAAGCCAGUUUUUCACUCUCUUAUUUUUAGCUCUGUGGCAUGGACUACGUUCUGGUUAUUACAUGACAUUCUUCAAUGAAUUUAUUAUUAUAUUUAUGGAGAAAGAAGUGGAAAGUAUUAUUUCAAAAACAGCCUUAUACGAAAAGGUCUGGAAUUCACAUUUGAAGUAUGUUAUGUAUAUAUUCCUAAAAGCUUAUACUAUCGUUUUUAUGGGUUGGAGUUUGGCUCCGUUUGAUCUCAAAAUAUUUUGGAAGUGGUGGCAAGUAUACUACAGCCUAUUUUUCUCAGGUUUCUUAAUUUUCUUGCCUUGGCCAUUUUUAUACAAAAGACUUCUUAAAAUGGCGGUUAAAAAAUACUUGAAACCCAAACUUGAUGAAAAGCCAAAAAGUUCUUAACAUUAUAAAAUAAGAUUGUAGAUAAAAAAUAAAGCACAUAAUAAUAUUAUGAAUAAAUUAAUGCAUGCCUUUUAGUCAUAAUAGAUAUUGAUUAUUAUUAAGUAGACUGAUUAUUUAUUAUAGUACUGAUGCAUAAUAAUGUUAUAAUAUAAAACUAUUACUUAUUAUUCUCGUCAAGCCGAGUUCCAAAAAAUCAUAUGUUUUUUUUGUGUGUAGUGCGUAACGGCAGUAAAUUUAUAAGUUCGAGAAUUAACGCUAUUUAAGGAAAGAUAUUGUUAUGAUUUUACGUAGUAAACUUUUUUAAUUCUAUUGUUUAACAAAUUUACAUGUGAAGAGUCAUGUUUCAGUGCUUUAGUACUUGUACUUAAGUAAAUUUAAAUGAACCCAGAUUGUUUUUGACAUUCAGUUGUAAAUGUAUUUACUAAAACAGUUUAAGCUGAACUUUAUGGUUCUUAAGACGACAGAUCUUAUGGUAAGAUUUGAUGUCGAGUCGAUCUAAGGUCAAAGUAGGUUAGUUUGACGCCUUGGUGGUGAUGAUCCUUUUCAGAAUUGAAAUGUGCUUUGACCUUAAGCAUGACUUCCGUAUGUCUACUCCACAGUUUCGUGAUGUAAGCGAACUUUGACAAAUCUUUUUUUUAACGUACAUAUGUGUUAAGUUACCUAAAUGAAUUAAUUAAUUUAAAUGAAGUUUGACUAAACACCUUAAUUCUAUAGCUUUAUCUUUAUUUAGUUUUAAUAAUCCGGUUCUCCAUGUUAAUCUAAAUCUAUACAAUUUCGUUUGACAAGAUAUAUUGUUUGGUUUUAAUUUUGCGUCAAUGGCCGUUUUGCUCAAUUUGAAUAAUUACUGUAAAUAAAUGUCCAUCAGGUUAUUGUGAGCCAUACUGCACUUCUUUUUAUUCUGACGUUACUUGAUACAUAUGUAUAUAAUUUAUUGUAAUUUAGUUACAAUAUCAAGAGAAUAUGAUUUUAUAUGUAUAUGCUUUUUUAAAUAGUUGUGUUAGAAAUAAAAAGCUAUUCAAGUAA